CUCGUCAGUGUUAAAAAUAAGUUAAAGGAUUAAAGUUUCUGAAGUCAGCUGCAUAUUGAAUAUAACUCAAUUUCAAGAUAGGGCUGGGGCCGUGAGUUUAUAAAAUCGAAGCGGUGAAUAGAUGUGGCGGAUUCAGUUGUUGUUGUUGUUGUUGUCGCCACCGGGCUGCAGCAGAUGGCGGCCGCUCUCCUGGAGCAGGGUGAAGAUGCCUUCAGGAGGCUCUUCAAAUAUUACAAGAGGCGCCAACCCCCGCCCGAUUUCUCGGGGAUCGUUGACUUCUCCAGAGCGCAGCAGACCUGUAAAGUAUUGAUCACACCACUUAAUGUGACUUCCAUCAGUGAUAAGGAUGCCUCUAAAGCUGGAUUGAAGCCAGUUUGCAAAUGGAAAGCUUAUAGUUUAGAAGACUAUCCAGGCUUCAUGUUCAUUUCGGAUCCUUUUCUUCCUGGAUGGCAGCGAUACUGGGCAAAGCAAUGUUUGAAAAUCUAUCCUCGGAAACCAAAUAUCUGCAACCUGGACCUUCACAUGUCACCAGAGGAAACCAAAGACCUGUGGGAGCAGAGUAGAGAACAGCUGAGACUGAAGUCCCCUGGUAAAAGAGAGAUUAAAAGCUUGCUGGAGAAGCUACGGUGGGUUACCCUAGGAUAUCAUUACAACUGGGAGACUAAGCCUGUGCCUUUGUACCUCAAACUGUUGGGAGGUUGGACAAGUGUUCAACUUCCUACCAACUUUGGACUAACUUGCCUCAAAAGUUCAGAAACAUGUCUAAUCUACGCAGCCAUAAGCACCAGCAUGAUGCCGAAUUAUUGCAACAAAGCUGAAAAUCUAAGCCUAUAUUCCAAAUACUGUAGAUUGGAAGAGAUGUACAAGAGACAUACAGAAACAAAAGCCAUACCACCACAGAUGUCAGCAUUAAGCAGAACAGAAUGCUUUUCGCCAUUGGCUUCCAGAAUGGCUGCUGCGUGUAUGAUCUACAAGAUGCAUUGCAGCAACUCAUUAAGUUUAUUUCGACAACAUCUACUCCUCUCAGUCUCUCACGAGAAGAAAGACCAGAAAUAUUCACCCGAUCACUAUACAGCAUUUCCCACAGAUCUUGCUUACCUGUCUGAGCAAGUGGCAGCAGCAUGUGGCUUCCAACAAUUUAAGGCAGAAGCUGGAAUACUGAAUUAUUACCAUUUUGACUCCUCACUGGGUAUUCAUGUGGAUGAAUCCGAAUUGGAUUACUCCAAACCCCUAUUAUCAUUCAGUUUUGGCCAGUCAGCUGUGUUUUUACUUGGGGGUCUGAAGAGACAGGACCCACCCCUUCCCAUGUUCAUUCACAGUGGUGACAUCGUGAUCAUGUCAGGCAGGAGUCGCCUGUUGUAUCAUGCAGUUCCCCGAGUUGUUCCCAAUCUGGAAGGAAAAGCAAUCCCCAGUUGUUUAGAGCAGACAACGACUAGAAACAGCUGUUCAGAUGACACAAACUAUCGACAAAGUGGCGAAGGUGACUGGGAAAUCUGCAUGAAAUACCUACAGAACUCUAGGGUGAACGUGACUGUGCGGCAGGUCCUGGGAGUUGGACAGAGCUUUCCAUUUGAGUCAGACACUGAAAAGAAAGCAGAUUCCAAGUUGUAUUCUUAUCAUCAAGAUUCCAAAGAGAACCAACAUAAACGACAGAAACUGAUCAAUGAAGAAGUGGCAAAGUCUCUGUAAUUUUUCUAAUCCUUCUGGAGGGAUGGUAAAGUGCUAGUUUUGUACACUGGAGGAUCCAUGGAGGCAGAGUUGCAUCAGUUUGCUAUGUACGCAUUGUAAAAUUUCUGCUCAUUCUUUAGCCACUUCAGAAAAUUCUUGCGGAAGUAAUAAGGGUCUCCCCAUCAAUUCAGUGUUUGCAGGUCUGCCAACCAGUGCCAGUUCUCCCUGCCAAUGCCAGUAUUCUCCUCAACCUUGCCCACUUUAAGCAAUCAUCCUGUCAACGGCAGUUUUCUUGGCUCUUGCAUCAAAGCUGAUGUUUGCAAAUUGCAAUGAGAUGCAGGAGAAUGGAAUGCAAGUGCUAUGUUGAAUGCAGUGUCUUGUCAAGUGACAAACAUAGCAUAGAUUCAGCACAAUAUAAGCCAUCAUACAUGUUUCCUUAGCCUUCAAGUAAUGUCUUUUAACUGUCACCUUGACAUUUCUACUUUUUACUUCAGCCAUCUUUGUGACCAUUUGGUCCCGGACUUAGAGCAGAUGUUUGUUGCCCUCUUAAGAUUGAGUUGAAAGUUCACAAAUUCUUCUGUCAGUGUGCACUGUAUUUAAAAAGAUCAAAAAGGAAAAGGCAUUCUAUGUUGACCCCUUACCUCAUUUAAUGCUCAUGUUUAAUUAGUUGUGCCUUCAAAAGUUGGCUUUGGGCCAAUUAUUGAAACAAAGCUAAAUCAACACAAAAAAAUUGUAACAAUGUUAAGUUGGUAAAAUAUAUGAAUACAUCUAUGCAACCCUCACUUAUAGCAGUCUUGUUCUGUGAUGCUGGGAUGUAGCAUAGAAAAAGGCUCUAAUAAUUGUUGCCUACUUUCAAAGGGAAACGCUUCUGUAACAGGUGGUAACUUUGAUAAAUAAUGAGCAUCUGCUACAAGAUAAUUGGACCUGGUAGGGGUUCCAGUUUUACAUAUCAUCAAUAAUAAAAAGUAUUUAUAUAUUAA